AUGCCGACCUUCCAGAACACCACAGCUUCUUCCAUCAUUUUCCUGCUCACUGGUGUGCCCGGGCUGGAAGCCUUCCACACCUGGAUCUCCAUUCCCUUCUGCUUUCUCUAUGCAACUGCCCUCUCUGGGAACAGCCUGAUUCUCUUUGUCAUUAUCACCCAGCCCAGCCUCCACGAGCCCAUGUAUUACUUCCUCUCCAUGCUGUCCACCACUGAUCUCGGGCUCUCCAUAUCCACUCUGGUCACCAUGCUGGGGAUAUUCUGGUUCAAUGCCAGGGAGAUCAGCUUCAAUGCCUGCUUGUCACAGAUGUUCUUCAUUAAACUCUUCACUGUCAUGGAAUCCUCAGUGCUGUUGGCUAUGGCUUUUGAUCGUUAUGUGGCCAUCUCCAACCCUCUUAGGUAUGCCACUAUUUUAACUGAUUCCAGAAUAGCUCAAAUUGGGAUGACAAUUGUCAUCAGAGGGACUGUGAUGUUGACGCCAAUGGUUGCACUUCUUAAGAGACUAACCUUCUGCAGCAGCCAUGUGCUCCACCACUCCUACUGUUUCCACCCCGAUGUCAUGAAGCUCUCAUGCACAGACACCAGGAUCAACAAUGUGGUUGGACUGACUGCCAUGAUCUCUACUGUUGGUGUGGACUCGGUCCUUAUUCUCUUUUCCUAUGUCCUGAUCAUCAGAACUGUCCUCAGCAUUGCUUCUCCAGAAGAGAGGAAGAAAGCCUUCAGCACGUGUAUCUCCCAUAUCGGGGCUGUAGCUAUAUUCUAUAUUCCAUUGAUCAGUUUGUCCUUUGUUCACAGAUUUGGGAAACGAGCUCCACCCUAUGUACAUACCAUGAUUGCUAACACCUACCUGCUGAUCCCUCCUGUCAUGAACCCCAUCAUCUACAGUGUGAAGACCAAACAGAUACGUAAAGCUGUGAUAAAAGUUAUCCAAUCUAAAGAAAUAUAG